GUUACCAUGAAUUCUAGUUCACGCCUCCAUGCUCACAACCAUUUUCUUCUUUUUUUUUUUGUUUUUUUAUUUCUCUUCCUCCCUCCAAUUUCUCUACAUCAGCUGCGAGUGGAGGAGGACUACGUAGCAGCUGAAUUAUGGAUAUCAAUAACCCGCAAAAUUUCUAUCAUAUACCGGAAAAUACCACUUUUCAUUGUUAUAUUGUGAAUAUCACUGCAGAAAAUGGCUUUUGGCAAAGUGAAAACCCCUUGACUCAAUCCCUUCCUCUCCUCGCAUGGCAGCUUUCCAUCGUCAUCAUGAUCAAUCGUCUUCUCUUCUACCUCUUCAAACCUCUGGGGACCCCUCGCAUUGUCACAGAUAUUCUGGGUGGUCUAGUGAUGGGACCAAGUGCCUUAAGUAAAACCUAUUUCUUUGCUGUGAUGUUUCCUUUGAGAAGCAUUUUCAUAGUAGAAACGAUGGCCUACUGGGCUUUGACGUGCCACUUAUUCUUGGCUGGUUUAGAAAUGGAUAUGUCUUCUAUCUUUCGCUCAGGCAAGAAAUCCAUCAGCAUCGCCGUCGUCGGUACUCUCCUCCCCUUCAUCAUUGGCAUUGCCCUUCAUUUCAUUUCCAACGGUGCCAAGGAAGAUCCUUACAGAAGCGUUGGUUGCAUCUUCUGGGGCGCAACUCUCACAGUCACAAGCUACCCAGUAGUUGCUAGGGUCUUAGCUGAUCAAAAGCUCCUCCACACUGAUAUUGGAAGAUUAGCCAUGUCAAUUUCUAUUGUGAGUGAGCUUUUUACAUGGCUUCUUCUAGCCGUUCUUAUACCAGCACGAGUGAACGCAUUCAACGCAAUACUUUCUCUUGCUUCAACUGCUGGCUUUACAGUCUUCUGCGUCACACUGAUUAGGCCAGCUCUUGGCUACGUAAUUAGCAAGACUGCAAACGGAAACAAGCACAGCGAGUAUUAUCUAAGUUCUAUUUUUGUGUUAAUUUCUUUCUUUUCUCUGGUGAGUGACAUGCUAGGGACAACCUCCAUAGUUGGGGCUUUCAUUUUCGGGAUCAUAAUGCCAAAUAGAGAACUUGCAAGUGAGCUUCUUGAGAAAUUUGACGACUUUGUGAAUGCAUAUAUGUUGCCUCUGUUCUUCUCAGCUGUCGGCAUUAGUCUAGAAAUUUGGAAAAUAAGCAACUGGGCCUUAGCGUUGCUUCUAAUAAUUUUGUGCUGUGGGGCUAAGAUUGUAAGCAUUUUCUUGGCUUCUCAUUACUACAAGCUGCCUCCUCAAGACGGUUUUGCUCUUGGAGUUCUUAUGAACACCAAAGGCAUCUUGGCUUUUGUCGUCCUUCACAUGGGCAUCAACAAAUCGUUGAUGCGAGAAGAAGAAUAUGCAAUAAUGGUGCUUUCUCUUCUACUAAUGACUGGAGCAGUCCCAUCUAUAAUAUCCUCCAUUUACCACCCCAGCAAACGUCAUUCACAAUACAAGCAGAGGACAAUACAGAAAGCAAGACCAGAUUCAGAAUUCAAGUUCCUGGCUUGUUUCCAGAGCAACCGCAAUGUCUCUGGCAUGAUCAACAUCUUAGAUUGCUCCAACGCCUCAAAAGAAUCAUCUCUCAACGUCUUCGCCCUCCACCUCAUCGAGCUUACUGGCCGUGCCUCUGCCAUGGUCAUUGUCCACAACCCCAACAAGAGAAGCAACAGCCGCAAAAACGCGUAUUCCGAGCAGAUAAUUAGUUCUCUCACAACUUACGCCAAUCUGAAUGAGUUUGUCACUGUCCAGCAUUUAACUGCAUUGUCCCCGUUUGCCACCAUGCAUGAAGAUAUUUGUAGUCUAGCUGAGGACAAAGAAGUGAGUUUCUUGAUCCUCCCAUUCCACAAGCUACCAACUCCUGAUGGAAGAUUGGAGGAAGAUGGCAGCACUUCAUUUAGAGGUGUAAAUCUAAAUGUGUUAGCUAAUGCACCUUGCACGGUCGGUAUCUUCGUAGACAGAGGAUUUGGAGCUACUGCAGAAUCCAACCUCGCAAUGCGCCAGAUAGCCAUGUUGUUCAUUGGUGGCCCUGAUGAUUGCGAGGCAUUAUCAUAUGCCUGGAGAAUGUCAAUGAACCAUGGAGUUUGUUUAACAGUUAUCAGGUUUAUUCUUGGAGAUAGAACAGAUCUUGAAGUAGCACAAGCACCAGUUGGAAGUUCCCAGAGAUCUGUAUCAACAAACAUGGACAAACAACGAAGGCUGGACGAUGAGUUUGUAAAUGAGUUCAGGCUCAAAUCUGCAGGAGAACAAUUUGUAUUCUAUGAGGAGAAGGUGGCAAACAAUGAUGAAGAGCUAAUUGCAGCUCUAAGUGGAAUGCACCAUGUUUAUGAUCUGUACGUGGUGGGUAGAGGGGAAGGGAUGAACUCGGUUCUCACGGCUGGAUUGAUGGAUUGGUGUGAAUAUCCGGAGCUAGGGGCAAUGGGGGAUUUGUUGGUUACUUCAAGCUUUGCACAGGGUUCGGUUAUGGUAUUGCAACAAUAUAAUGCUUAUAAAGAUGAAGAUGAAGAUGAAGAUGAAAAUGAAGAUGAAGAUGGUACAGACAUGGUGGAUAUAGAAAAGUCCACAGAGAAUGGAAGGGAACAAUAACAUUAGAGGAUAAUGAUCAUGGUGGUCUUGAUGAGGUGGAGCAUUUGCAGUGCACAAAGUGAAGGAUCGUCAUCUUGUUAGUGAUGAAAAUCUGUAGGAUCGAUAUGAAUUGUUUCUUUUUUAAUUUUCCUCAUAUUAUUGUGUACAUUUGUUUGGAUGAUGCAAAGCUGAGAUGGUGGAGUAAUAUUGAGUCAAAAUUUGUGGGCAAA